GGCACUUUCCCGGCUUUGCGCGCUCCUGUCGUCCGCUCCGCCGCUGACACACGGUAGCGAGGACACCCGACGCCGCUAGCGACAGGCGCAUCCCAGAGGGACGCUGCACUUGGGGACUCCGGCGCGACCGGCUAGAAGAGGAAAGGAUACAUUCGAACUGGAUUUUUAAAUCAUUGUAAGCCAGUGAUGAAUCAGAGGUUACAGAAUGCGAUGUCGAAUAAAAGUCUUCGAAAGAAUUGCUUCAAAUGACCAAAGAAAGAAAAUUGAUCUACCACCUUAAAACCUUGAUCUAGAAGAGCAUACUGCACAUGGUAGGAAGUGAUAACUGGGGAAAUUUAUUUGGCUCUUAAUGCACCUAAAUGAAGGAAUUGUCACUUUGUUCCUCAGAGGGCUUGUACACCUGAGAUUAUUUUAAUAACCCAUAGUUUUAUUAACAUUUUGACAUGAUCACAAACGAGGAGAAACAGCAAUAGCUAAAGCCUGCUCAUUGGUCAAGAUGACUUCUGAAGAAAUGGCAGCUUCUGUUCUCAGACCUGUGACUCAGCGAAAAGUGAUAUCUGCUCAGUCGGCUGUAGAUGAAAGUAAUGAUAAGGUCUCGGACAUCAAUGUUCCAAAGGCGCAUCCUGUCAGGCAGAGCGGGGAGACUUCUCAUACCAUCUCACAACUAACGAAACUUACAGAAGAAUCUUCUGGAAGCAACUUGCCCCAGAUUCUCUCAGUAGCAAGGGAGAAAAUAACGAGUGAUGAGAACAGUAAUGAAAAGUGCUGGGAGAAAAGCAUACCAGACUCUGUGAAAAACCUUAACAUUAACUGCAACAACAUACUGAAAAACCAUCAGCGUUGCCUUCCUCAGAGCCAGUUUUAUGAAACGUGCGAUUCUACCACAGAGGAAAGCCUGUGUUUGGAAACUGGAAUCCCGUCUUCACUGGAAAGAAAGGUGUUCCCUGGAAUUCAACUGGAAAUAGACAGACCUCCCGCGGGCAUUAGUCCAUUAGGAACUCAAUCAGCCAUCCUAGAGACGGGCAGGGGACACCCUGACAGCAACAUGGCGGUAUUUCACUUUCAGUAUGAAGUGGACAGAAGAAUGUCAGACACUUUCUGUUCCCUAUCAGAUAACUUGAUUUUGGAUGAUUGUGGAAACUGUGUACUACCUGCUGUUGGUGGGGAACAAAAGAACAAUUACAUGGCGUAUACUUGUAAACUGAUGGAAUUGGCAAGUAACUGUGACAAUAAGAAUAGGCAGCUGCAGUAUGAUCAUUGUGACCCCUUGAAUGACAAAUACUUGUGCUUUGAAGGCUCUUGCCCGAAGGCCGAUGUAGUAUGCUCAAGUGACACCUUUUGCAGGGAGGAUUUUACUGACAGCCCAUCUGCCAAGACCUUUCUGAGCCAUUUUGAGGACUUCCCUGAUAAUUGUGAAGAUGUAGAAGAAGAUUUAUUCAAAAGCAAGAAGGAGCGGUCCACUUGGUUAGUGAGGAGAUUUUGUAAAAAUGACAGGGAAGUAAAGAAAUCUGUAUAUACUGGGACAAGGGCAAUUGUGAGAACUCUGCCUUCUGGUCACAUUGGGCUGGGGGCUUGGAGUUACGUUGAUCGGAAGAGAACCGGUCUCUUACUGCCUUGUGGGAGAGUCAUGGAACGGCUGUCAACAGUGGUGACUAGGCAAGAUGGGAGCCAGUGUCUGUCCGAAGCCCAGUGGUAUCCGUAUGUGGAGAUGAGUGGGUCAUCGCAAACCUGGCUCAUGACCAGGAACCUGAAAGGUUGUGAGGCUAAGGAAAUGGCAGCGAACAUGCCUCCCAAGUGUUCAGCAAGGGGGAAGCCGUGGGACAGGGCACUGGAUGCUCAGCGUGACGAGUUUCAAGCGAAACCCAUUUUGCUUUUUUCUGAUCUGAGCAAACUUUCCACAAAACUUGUUUCUCACCGAGACAAGCUGGAGAAACCAAUUGUAUAG